AUGAAAGACCAGGAGUUUUUAUGUUCAUGUCAUUUUGUUCCUUCCCCUGUGAUGGUCCACGAGCCCAGCUGCUCCUACCCGAAGCUGCAGGCCACGGACAUGGUCAUCAAGAUCGAGGAGCUGAAGCACACCCAGCGGGCCCUGGAGGACAUCAUGGCCGCGAACACCGGCCGCUCCAGGGAGGAGAUAGCCGCCGCGAUCCAGCGCGACCGCUACAUGUCGGUCCGGGAGGCCGUGGAGUUCGGGCUCGUGGACGCCGUGAUCGACGACAGGCCGCGCGGCGUCAAGGGCGGCGAGGAGACGCCUGCGACCCCGGUUCGAUAA